AUGCAGAGCUACAUGGCGUCCAGUUCGAACGAGCUAGACUAUGAGUUGAGAAGGCAGGGUGGAGACAACGCCUACGUUGGUCUUAGGCUAGCAAAGCCUCAGGACGAAAACCCCUCUGAUCCAGUAAGAAAGCCAAGUAGCAAUGGGGAUCCUACUACAAUAGACCUGCUAAACUUACAGGAAGGUUGUGAAGAGCUAGAGACUGAAGUGUGCGGGGGCGGUGGAGGCGGCGGUGGCCAGAGCCGCAACUUCACGCUGUCACCGGAGAACGACUGCGACUCCAACUGCGACAGCGAAGCCUCAUCACUACUGGCGGCGGUCGCAGCAGCCGCCUCCGACCCGACACCUGCCGCCCCCACCAUGCCCGUGCUCGAGGACGGUCUGUCGUCCGGGCACACGUCCGACACCGACAACAACAACCCGACCGUGCUGCUGAUGAAGCGACAAAUCACGGAGAUCGAGCGGGAGAUUGUGGAGCGUACCAACCGCCAGAACGGGGGCAGCAAGAUGGUGAACGGUGGCGGGGGCGGGACAGGUGGAGGCGGCAAGAUGGUGAACGGAGGCGGUGGAGGCGGGAAGUCUAGUUCGGGUGAUGAGGAACCGCCCAAGAAGAGCGCAUUCGCGGCUAUCAUUGAUCCCGCCGAUAUCGAUUUGGAAUCGUUGGAUCCGCUUAGUGGUGUCUGCGACCGUACACCACCUCCGCCGCCAGCACCCGCCCCUCACCGCCGCCUGAGCCUGGACACACCGCCCCAGGCUGCUACCCCCUCUGCCCCCAGUGUGGAGGCGGCACUCAAGGAUAUCCGCCUCACGCUGCAGCGCACCAAGACACUGCCCCUUCGCUCGCCGCCCAGCCAGACACCGCCCCUCCAACUCAACACCAGUCCCAUAUGGAUUCCAAGGCGGAGAGGCCAAACUGGAACGAGUGGCCCCAGUGGUGAUGAAGAAGAAGCAGAUACCGAUCUGGAAACUGACAGACUUCUUGGACAGCAAAGAACUGAUGAUCAUGGCUUCUACGAGGAGAAAGUGGGGUGGAGAAAAGCGAAGACGAGGGGUAGUUCGGGUGUUGUUGUCACCCCCAUCAACAACAACAACAACAACAAUAACAACAACAGUAACAGUAACGGCACAAGCAAGCCAUCACCGACGCAGUCUGUGUCGUCGGGUGGAGGGGGUGGAAUAGGGGAGGGUGGUGGAGGUCCCCCCACCACCUCUCUCAGCCCUCACUCCCCCUCCUCGCCUCCCUCUUCCGCCAAUGAAACCGCCGCCAACGGAAAGGCGAAAAAGGAUAAAGAAGGAAGCAAGAAAAAAGGACGUAACAGAGAAGUUAUGAUUCACGAACCGGCAGUGCUGAUAGAAGGCGUGCUAUUCAGAGCGCGGUACCUGGGAUCGACUCAGCUGGUCUGCGAAGGUCAGCCAACCAAAUCGACGCGGAUGCUGCAAGCCGAGGAGGCCGUCUCCAGAAUCAAGGUGAGCCAACAUCACGCCGGCUGCGAACUGGCCAACACGCAUGCGCUAGAAGCGUCAGAUACGGCCACCGACGUGUCGGACGUGGAAGUCGGACCGGGUGUCGGACGACUCGGACCCGGAUCGCUGUUCCGACUCCGAUUUCUCGGAUCGGUUGCCGUCGACGAGGAGGAAGAGCACACCUUGUCCACUAAACGGCGCAUGAAGAAGGCUAUGGUCGAAGAGGCUGUGCUUAAGAUAAAGGCAUUGGCUCCCGAAGGCGAGACACAACCCAGUACAGAAGUGGACCUCUUCAUAUCAACAGAAAAAAUUAUGGUCCUGAAUACCGAUCUCAAGGAGAUAAUGAUGGACCACGCACUGCGCACCAUCUCGUACAUAGCGGACAUCGGCGAGCUGGUGGUGCUGAUGGCGCGGCGUCGCUUUGUGCCACAUGACGUCGACGACCCGCCCAAGGUCAACCGCACGCCCAAGAUGAUCUGCCACGUAUUCGAGAGCGAAGAGGCUCAAUUCAUAGCCCAGUCGAUAGGACAAGCAUUCCAGGUGGCUUAUAUGGAAUUUCUCAAGGCCAAUGGAAUAGAGGACCACAGUUUUGUCAAGGAGAUGGACUACCAAGAAGUUCUUAACUCGCAAGAAAUUUUCGGAGAUGAACUUCAAAUGUUUGCGAAAAAGGAAAUGCAGAAAGAAGUGGUUGUGCCGAAGACAAAGGGUGAGAUCCUGGGUGUGGUGAUAGUGGAGUCGGGGUGGGGGUCGAUGCUGCCGACUGUGGUGAUCGCCAACCUGGCGCCGGCGGGUGCAGCGGCGCGCUGCGGUCAGCUCAACAUCGGUGACCAGAUCAUCGCCAUCAACGGCGUCUCCCUCGUCGGACUCCCCCUAUCCACCUGCCAGAACUACAUCAAGAAUUCUAAAACGCAAACAGUUGUAAAACUGACGGUUGUGCCAUGCGCUCCAGUCGUGGAAGUCAAAAUCAAGAGGCCAGACACAAAGUAUCAAUUAGGUUUCAGUGUACAGAAUGGUGUGAUUUGCAGUCUACUGCGGGGUGGAAUAGCUGAGCGUGGUGGAGUGAGGGUGGGUCACAGGAUAAUUGAAAUAAAUAAUCAGAGUGUAGUCGCAGUACCACAUGAAAAAAUUGUCAAUCUUCUGGCAACGUCUGUUGGAGAGAUAUUGAUGAAGACAAUGCCGACAUCUAUGUUCAGACUUUUGACUGGCCAAGAAACACCGGUCUACAUUUAAUGGUCGAAACGACUUUGUGAAUUGUUUGGACA